CAUCCACAAGCUGAACGAGGAAGUAAAAUUGAAUGAAUUAGUCAGUCAGUCAGUAGUAAAGUGUGACGCUAAGCUAGUGUGUGUUGUUUGGUCCCAUCAGCCAUUAGUAACGGAAGUAGUAUUUCACUCAUCAUUCAACUUGACAAAAUGUCGCAAUUAACAGAAGAACGUAUUGGAGAUUUACUUGACAUUUUCAACUUGUUUGAUGAAAAGGGAGAUGGAAAAGUAUCUGCAUAUCAACUUGGAGAAGUACUGAGAGCUAUGGGAGAGAACCCAACCCAAGCUGAAGUGAAGAAAUGUGGUUAUGAAGGUAGAGAAAUGGAGCGGAUCAGUUUUGAAACAGUUCUCCCUAUUUUACAAACUAUCAAUCGGAAUAAAGAUCCGGUUACUUUUGAAGAUUUGGUUGAAGGGUUCAAAGUUUUCGACAAAGAUCAAAAUGGGUUUGUCAGCAGUGCUGAGAUGCGCCAUCUUCUAUCUGGAUUAGGUGAAAGAUUGACUUCUGAAGAAGCUGAUCAAUUAUUGCAAGGUGUUGAAGACUCACAUGGCAAUGUUAAUUAUGAAGAACUGAUCCGCAUGGUUCUUGCAGGUUGAUUUACUCUUUCUGUACAGUGUGGAAAGAUGCCUUAUCUCAGAAGAACUUUUCACAGCUCUGCUGCCAUGUAAAUCUUUAACCUACAAAAUAAUAUUCAUAAUUCAAUUGACAUGGAAGUGUUGAAGCAAGGUGAUUGUGACUUAUCAGUGUUGAUGUGUAUUCUUCACAAAUUACUUUCAUGCUUCCAUCAUUUUCGGCUAAUACUUUUACUAAUAGAUGAUGAUCUACCAAUUCUUCUCUCCUCAUUUAUUCUCUCUCACUCUCUUUAUGCUUUUUUUUUUAAAUUUAGAUCUUUUCAACAUUUUAUAUUUCUAGUUGACUUCUUGACAUCUGUAGUAUAUGUAUGAAAAUGAUUAUAUUCAUAUAAAAUGUCUUUGAUAAUUUUGAGUUAUUAAAUAAACAUUUAUUAUACAAACGA